UACAUCAGACUACACCGAUCGUCGAUAACAAAGCCUGAAGCCGCAUUUGUAAUCGACCAUCAUCGCGCAAUGCCCGCCGGAGUGUCUUGGCCACGGUACAUUAUAUUGUCCGCGAGCGCAUUACUCUCAAUGAUGGCCGGUGCGCAAUGCGUCCACCUGAUAUACAAACCGCUCGACGACCUGGACGAGCUCGUCGAGAAGCACAUUAAUGAGCAACUAAAGAAAGAAGGAAAAGCGUCGUAGAAGAAUAUGUAGUUUAGAUCAAGUAUGAAACGUGAGAUGAUGUUGAAUAAUAAUAAAUUA